AUGAUUGAGAAAGAACUGUAUAUUUCAUUUGCAGGAAAUGCCAGAAUAGCAAAAGAGUUGAAUGAACUGGAACAUUUAUUGAAAGAAGGAGAAUAUGAGACACAAAAUCCCAGUGAUGUCGAAGGAGAAAAGGAGACAGCAUUGCAGGAACCAUAUGAAGUAGAAGAAGAAAGGGAGCUCGAGGAGACACAAAAUCCCAGUGAUGUCGAAGGAGAAAAGGAGACAGCAUUGCAGGAACCAUAUGAAGUAGAAGAAGAAAGGGAGCUCGAGGAGACACAAAAUCCCAGUGAUGUCGAAGGAGAAAAGGAGACAGCAUUGCAGGAACCAUAUGAAGUAGAAGAAGAAAAGGAGCUCGAGGAGACACAAAAUCCCAGUGAUGUCGAAGGAGAAAAGGAGACAGCAUUGCAGGAACCAUAUGAAGUAGAAGAAGAAAAGGAGCUCGAGAAGACACAAAAUCCCAGUGAUGUCGAAGAAGAAAGGGAGACAGCAUUGCAGGAACCGGAUGAAGUAGAAGAAGAAAGGGAGCUCGAGGUCAGACAAGGAAGAUUUGGAAAAUUACAGACUCCUCAACGACAUCUUGACAGUCCCAGCAAGUCUUAUGCUAGGAAAAUGAAAGAAGGCAUGCAAAAAGUAACACAAAGGGAAAGGUUGUUGGCAGAGAGAAAAAGGAAACAAUGCAGGAAACCAAAUGAAGCACAACCUAUAGAUGAUCCAGAGAAAAUUGAUCCAGAUGACCCUGUAUCUAACCUGCUUGAAGGUAUGCAAAUAGAGAAAAAUGGACAUCCUCAUCGUGUUCAAGGACUUCACCCAGAAAAAAGUGCUAAGACGUACGGUGAUUCCCACGACUCACACAGACUUACACAAGAACAAUUAGCACAACUUGAAUUAAAGAAUACAGGUGAUUCAAGCGACAGAAAGAGAAAUUUUGUCUCUUAUACUCAAUGGCUUUGGAAAGAUGGGAUUGUUCCUUAUAAUAUACAUAACAUGUCUACAAGUUCUGUAACAGUUAUUAACAAAGCUAUUAAACAGUUCCAUGACUACACAUGUGUGAAAUGGAUAACAACUACUGAUCCCCUGUUUAACAAAUCAACACUUGGACACCAGAAUGUCGUAACAUUUAUAAAUGAAAAUGGAUGUUGGUCCUAUGUUGGCAAUGUUAAUCCUCAACGUAACAAUACACAGCCCCUUAGCUUAUCCGAACCAGGUUGUGUUAGCUUAAGCACUACUGUACAUGAAAUGUUACAUGCAUUGGGAGGACAUCACGAACAAUCUCGAACUGACCGUGAUAAUUACGUCAGUAUUGAAUGGCAAAACGUAAAUCAAGGACAGGGCAAUUAUAACAUGAAGAAGUUGGACACUCAAGACAAUAACCCAUAUGAUGCAGAAUCUUCAAUGCAGUACAGUUUGUAUGCCUUUUCCACAAAUGGCCAGAAAACAAUCAACUUUAAAGAUCGAAGAUUAGAGUUUUUGGCUGAUUCAGCUGAUGGUCUAGAAUUCUAUGAUAUACAAGAUGUUACUGAUGCAUAUAAAUGUACAGACCACUGCAGAACUACACCUAACUGUCAGAAUGGAGGCUUUGUUAACUUUCAGUGUACAUGUACUUGCCCAGAUGUGCUGACUGGUGCCACCUGUGAACAGACUGUCUCUAAUAAUCAAACUUGUGGAGGAAUUAUCACCCUUGAUGUAGGAGUCGAAAGAAUCAUUGAAUCACCAAACUAUCCAUCUGACUAUCCAACAGGGCUAGAAUGUACUUGGUUGAUUAAGGGAACGGCUAAUAGCUUAGUAAGAGCCUCAGUACAGUAUAUGAAUAUAUCUUCUGGUGCUACAUGCAGUCAUUGGUUGGAAUAUAGAUAUAAUUUAUUGGGACAGAAAGGUCCAAAGGUAUGUGGUACAAACUUUGUUGCCGAUGAAGAAGUAUGGGACAGUACACCUGAUGAGCUGAGCAAUGCCAUGAUAAUAAUAUUUGACAGUAACACAUACUCAUCUACGGCAGCUUCAAAAGGAUUCUUCAUUAAAGUUAGAUCAAUUGGAAAUGGAUGUGUCAGCAACCCUUGUGUAUAUGGAAAAUGCAGCAGCCCUGAGGGUACCAGUGCAUAUACAUGUACAUGUGACCAUGGUGUAUCAGGGACAAACUGUGAUGUAAUUAGUACCUCCUUUUCAGUUCAUUGUACAUUUGAGUAUGGAGAAAGAUGUAUGUUUGAGAAUGAAGCAAGUAAUGCAAUAAAUUGGGACUUUAACAGUAAAAGCACACCAUCAAGCAAUACGGGACCAGACAAUGCUCAAGAAGGAUUCCAGUACGUGUAUACAGAGGCAUCAGGGAACAAUAAAAUGGCUGGUGAUAAAGCUGUGAUGUCUACAAGUAUACAGUUACCAACUACUAGCCGCUGUAUGACGUUUUAUUAUCACAUGAAGGGUUCUAAUAUGGGUACUUUAAAUAUAUACACUGAGGGAACAAAUACAGCAAAAUCUAAUAUAUGGACACAGUCUGGAGCUAAAGGCAAUGAUUGGAUUAAAGGAGAAGUAGAUAUACCUGCCAUUAAUGGUCUUAAUAUAACAAUUGAAGGUGUUCGUGGACCUGGAUGGAAAAGCGACAUUGCAAUUGAUGAUUUAUCACUUAUUCCAGGAACUUGUGCCAACCCCGUUACAGCUGGUCCAACAAACUCACCAACUACACCGACUACAACUACACCAAUGACAACUGAACCAACUACAAUUAAACCAACUACAACUCAACCAACUACAACUAAAGUGACUACAAUUCAACCUCAACCGACUACAACUACACAGAAUCCACCAACAGAUGACACACAGACAUGCACAUUUGAGGAUGGUGCUCCAUGUUUUUUGGUUGAAGCUACUAAUGAUGAUAUUGAUUGGACUCGUAAAAGUGGCAAGACUCCAUCCGGUGGCACUGGACCACAAUCGGCAGUUGAAGGCAGUUGGUACAAGUUUGUAGAAGUAUCUUCACCAGUGAGCAGCAACGCUGUUGCUAGGCUAGAAUCUUCAACGACAUUAAAUGCAGGUGACUAUUGUUUGACUUUUGAAUAUCACAUGUUUGGAUCUGAUACAAUGGGAGAUCUGAAAAUAUCAACUGGAGUUACAGCCCCUGAAAAUGAACUGUUUAAAGAAUCUGGUAACCGUGAUGACCAGUGGAACAAGGGAAUGGUUACAUUUACUUCUACGGCAGGAAUGAAGUUAUUUAUAGAAGCUAACAAGGCAACAACAUGGAAGGGAGAUAUUGCUAUAGAUAAUAUACAACUAAAAAAUGGAAUAUGUGAAUUUAAUGCAUGUGAUUACAGUCCUUGUCAAAAUGGGGGAUCUUGUUUAAAAACAACAACAGCAAGUGGUUAUACCUGUGCAUGUCAGGCUGGAUUAAUUGGACAAAAUUGUGAACAAAGUGAUGGAAGAUCAGUAUCAGAAUUUACUUGUGACUUUGAAGCACAAAAUAAUUGUGUGUUUGAAAAUAUUGAUGAUAAUGAUGAUUUUGACUGGACUUAUAGAUCUGGGACAACACCUAGUAGUAGUACAGGUCCUACUAGUGCAUAUGAAGGUACACAGUAUGUCUACACUGAGGCUUCUUCUCCACGUGUUCAGGGGGACAAAGCUGUUUUGUCAACUGUUAACACUUUGCUUGCAGGUACAAGUAGCUAUUGCUUGCAGUUUAACCUCCAUAUGUAUGGUACUCCUGGUACCAUGGAUGUCAAGUUUGGUAACCGUGGUUCUUCGUCUUCUGUGUGGUCAGUCUCAGGUGACCAAGGAGAUAAAUGGGUCGUCUAUCUAGUGGAAUUACCUCCUAGCUUCACAGAUCCAGUGAUUGUCUUUGAGGCAACCAGAGGGUCAUCAUAUAAAGCUGAUAUAGCCCUUGAUUCAGUUAAACUUAUCUUGGGACAAUGUCCCGCUCUAAGUGCCUGUACUAGUAACCCGUGUAGCAAUGGUGGUACCUGUAAUGAGGAUGGCAGCACUGCUGGAUAUAAUUGUAAUUGUAUGACAGGCUGGUCUGGAGAUAAUUGUAAUGUUCAAGAUGUAUUUGGAGAGGAUGACUACAGCUGUGAUUUUGAAACUGCUGCCACAUGUAUUUUCCAGGAUUCUACUCAGGAUGAAUUUGAUUGGACACGACGUACUAGUACUACCCCAAGUGGUGGUACAGGACCAACAAGUGCAGCCAGCGGAAGUUACUACAUAUACACAGAGGCCUCAUCCCCAAGAGUUAAUGGCAAUACAGCUGUACUCACAACUGAAGCGGCUAACUUACCAGCAAGUUCUUGGUGUCUUACCUUCGAGUAUCACAUGAAGGGGAGCCCCGGAACAUUGGAAGUAUUUGCUGGGGAUAAAUCAUCUUCUCUGACAAGUAUCUGGAACAAAACAGGAGAGCAACCUGAUCCUGACCUAUGGAAAACUGCUACUAUAGACAUACCUCCAUAUAGUAAUCCUGUUAUCACCAUAGAAGGGGUCAGAGGUAGUUCAUUCAGAGGUGACAUUGCCAUUGAUGAUCUCACUCUGAAUGUUGGUACAUGUACUAGUGCUGGAAAGUGAACAGAAACCGGAAUUACCCUACAAUCAUAACUUAAUGAUGCUGUGAUAUUCACAGUUAUAAUGAUCAUGUGAUAUCUAGUAACUUGUACAUUAUAAAGAUCAUGUGAUAAUAACAAUUACUUAUUCGUUAUAAUGACUAUGUGAUAUUCAGUUUCUUGUACCAUAUCUGUGCUAGCAGUUUUUAGAUAUAAUAAAAGUUUGUGUAAAUGCAA